AUAGCCCCGGGGUCGCGGGCGCUGCGGCUGUGCGGGAUGGCGGCUUCCGCCGGAGGGACCCAGACCCCUGCGGACGAGGUGCCGGUGCCCGCGGGGGAAGCACAAGCCCUGGAGCCCGGCUCGGACAGCAGAGCUGGUGGCCUCUCGUUCUGUACGAAGGUGUGCUAUGGCAUUGGCGGGGUCCCCAACCAGGUGGCCUCCAGUGCCACAGCCUUUUACCUGCAGCUCUUCCUGCUAGAUGUGGCACAGAUCCCCGCCGCCCAGGUGUCACUCGUGCUGUUUGGAGGGAAGGUGUCUGGGGCAGCUGCUGACCCUGUGGCCGGGUUCCUCAUUAACAGAAGCAGGAGGACAGGGUCUGGACGACUCAUGCCCUGGGUGCUGGGCUGCACGCCCUUCAUCGCCGUGGCUUACUUCUUCUCGUGGUUCCUGCCCCCCUUCACCAGCCUUCGAGGCCUUUGGUACAUGACCUUCUACUGCCUAUUCCAGGCCCUGGCCACGUUCUUACAGGUGCCCUACACAGCGCUCACCAUGCUCCUGACCCCCAGCGCCAAGGAGCGGGACUCGGCCACCGCAUACCGGAUCACCAUGGAGAUGGCGGGGACGCUGAUGGGAGCCGCAGUCCACGGACUCAUCGUGUCCGGCGCCCACAGUCCCCGCAAGUGCGAGGACGCGGACCUCGAGCUCCCGGGGCCGGUCACCAUCUCCCCCGGCGCAGCCUGUCUCUACUCCGUUGCAGCCAUUGCGGUUGCCGUGACUUACCCUGUGUGCAUCGGUUUCCUCCACUUGGGGGUGAAGGAGCGGCCAGACCCCUCUGCCGAAGCCUCCAGCCAGGGCAUGGGCUUCCUGGCCGGGCUGGGCCUCACUGUCCGGCACCCACCCUACCUGAAGCUGGUGAUCUCCUUCCUGUUCAUCUCAGCAGCCGUUCAGGUGGAGCAGAGCUACCUGGUCCUGUUCUGUACACAUGCCUCCCGGCUACAUGACCACAUCCAGAGCCUGGUGCUCACCAUCCUGGUCUCGGCUGUCCUGAGCACCCCGCUGUGGGAGUGGGUUCUACAGCGGUUUGGGAAGAGGAUGUCGGCCUUCGGGAUCUGUGUGAUGGUGCCUUUUGCAAUCCUGUUGGCUAUUGUGCCCACAGCACCUGUGGCAUACGUUGUGGCCUUGGUAUCUGGUGUGAGCAUCGCUGUGUCCCUGCUGCUGCCCUGGUCCAUGCUCCCAGACGUGGUAGACGACUUCCAGCAGCAGCACCCGCACGGCCCAGGCAUGGAGACCAUCUUCUACUCUUCCUAUGUCUUCUUCACCAAGCUGUCAGGCGCAGGCGCCCUGGGCAUCUCCACGCUCAGUCUGGAGUUUGCAGGGUAUGAGGCCGGAGCCUGCAAGCAGACAGAGCAGGUGGUGGUGACCCUCAAGGUCCUCAUCGGUGCUGUGCCCACCUGCAUGAUCCUCACUGGUCUUUGCAUCCUCAUGGUCAGCCCCACUCCAAAGGUGCCAAGCCAGGACACCUCCCGCCGGCUGAGCCUCCGGAGGAGGACCAGUUACAGCCUGGCGUGAAGCACGAGACUUCCACGGGCUGGAACAGCAGGAGCCAGCAUCCUCUGGGCUCAAGCCGCCCCGUUUUCUCGGCCGUUUGUAACCCCUACCUCGCAGCCUACACAGGACCUUCUCCCUGGGACAUGGGGUCUCCAGCGACCUCUCCGGAAGGGACUGGCCUGGGUCCCACCUGUCAUGUCUUGCCCGUUGACCACAGACCACUUCAGAUAAACCCGUGCCCCGACUACCCAGCUCCGGGCAACGUCUGACCUUGGAAAGCAUCCCCACAGCAGCCUGUCCUGAAAGAAGGACGCCCCCACCGGCCUGGCCUGCAGACUCCCCGUGGGGGCACCGGAUGCAACAACUGCUGACCUGACAGGACAGGCACACAGACAGGCCUCGUGUUCCCCUGACGCUCCAGUGGACAUGUGACAGAGAGAGUGACAGACACCACGCGGAUGAGCAGCGGGGGGACAGACGGACAGGCUGGGAUGCUCGGUUAGGAGAGACACAGACGCGGUAGGCCAGCAGAGCCCAGGAGUGCAGAUGCGGGCGGCGGCGGGGCGAGGAGGCCGCGCGCCUUCCCUCUGCUCAGACAGGUCGGCGAUGCAGACUCUAGAGGGGGGCAGACUGCUGUCGAGCCACCCAAGACCAAUCGUUUUUAUGAAGAGUUAUUUUUGUGGAACUAUUUUUUCUGAACGUUUAUAAGAAGUAUAGGAACCACAGCCUUCUAGAAGCUGUAUCUUUAGGGAAGAUCCACUGAAGUUUAAAUUUUUUUUUAAAACAAGUUAGCCCUGGCUGGUGUGGCUCAGUGGAUUGAGCACUGGCUUGUGGACCAAAAGGUUGCCGGUUCGAUUCCCGGUCAGGGCACAUACCUGGGUUGCAG